GUAAACAGGAUGAAAACGAGGGACAACCAAAGAAAAAAAUGAAGGUAAAGGGCCGCAAUAAACAACGUCCAGUGACCCACAUAAAACCGAAGGACAAGUUAUGCCCCACCAUAUCUAAGGAAAAAGAGUGUAGCUUUGGAGAGAAAUGCAAGUUUUCCCAUGAUAUAAAAACCUUCAUGGAGUCGAAACCCAAAGACAUUGGCCCUGAUUGUUAUAUGUUUGAGACGUACGGGAAAUGUCCAUAUGGGAUAGCGUGUCGAUAUGGUAGCAAGCACAUAUCUGAGGAUUACAAGAAUAUAGUUAAUGAAGAAUUGUACAAGGAGAAAUCUAAGGUGAAAACUGUCCUGAACACCCUGUCCAAAGAUCUCCAGGUCACCCUGUGGAAGAAGAGAUAUAAUUUUGAGAAGGCAAAUGAAAUUGUCAAACAGGUGCAGAAAAGGGCCCAGGAGAAACACGACACCUUCUCUAAACUUUGUGCUGUCAAGCAGGAGAGCAAGGAGUCAAAGAUUCCUGAGGAGACAUCUAGUACUACUACAGAGAUCAGAGAUGAAUCAGAGGGUGUGAUCAAACUUCGACCUCAAGAAACCAGAAAGAUAGAUUUUAGCUCAAAAAACUACCUGGCUCCACUAACCACAGUGGGUAACCUCCCGUUUCGGAGGAUCUGUAAAGCCUAUGGAGCUGACAUCACCUGUAGUGAGAUGGCAAUGUCCUUGAACCUUCUUCAAGGUCAGGCCUCCGAGUGGGCGUUACUAAAGAGGCACGAAAGUGAGGAUUUGUUUGGGGUACAGAUUUGUGGUGGUUUUGCAGACACACUGACAAAGUGUUCACAGCUGAUCAACGAGAAUGUAGAACUAGAUUUUCUGGAUCUUAACUGCGGCUGUCCAAUAGAUCUGGUGUACAAGAAGGGGGAAGGGUGUGCGUUGAUUGGUCGACUUAACAAGUUUGAGCAGAUUAUCGCGGGUAUGAGAUCCGUACUGGACGUUCCGCUGACUGUUAAAAUGAGGACGGGAAUAUUUGACAACAAGAACAUUGCUCACACGGUCAUACCCAAACUGAGAGAUUGGGGGGUCUCCAUGGUAACAUUACAUGGUAGAUCACGAGAACAGAGGUACACUCGGCUAGCAGACUGGGACUACAUUGACCAAUGUGCAGAGGCGGGUAAACCAAUGCCUGUGUUCGGUAACGGGGAUAUUCUGUCAUAUGAGGAUCUGGAUCUUCAUCUCCAAAACACAAGGGUCUCGGGAUGUAUGGUGGCCAGAGGUGCUUUGAUCAAACCUUGGAUAUUUACGGAGCUGAAAGAGAGAAGGCACUGGGACAUAUCAUCCUCGGAGAGAUUUGACAUGCUGAAACGCUUCGUGAAUAACGGCCUGGAACACUGGGGGAGUGACACCCAGGGGGUGGAGACCACCAGGCGGUUCCUACUGGAGUGGGUCUCCUUUCUGUACAGGUAUAUACCUGUGGGCCUUCUAGAACAGGUGCCCCAGAGGAUCAAUGAACGACCCCCAUAUUAUGUAGGUCGCAAUGACCUUGAGACUCUUAUGGCUAGUCCAAACUGUGGGGACUGGGUCAAACUCAGUGAAAUGCUGCUAGGACCUGUUCCUGAUGGUUUCUCUUUCCUCCCUAAACACAAGGCCAAUGCUUACAAGUGAAAACAGAGAUUUUCUUAUGUCUCCUUACCUAAUAAACAGUUUUAAAACUUUAACAAUUUUGUUAAUUAUUUCAUAUAGAAGUACAGUUUUGAAUGAUAAAUAU